UAUAUAAAGAGACACAGGGCAAGUGUUAGCUGUAACAGAGAGCUUUAAGAAGAAAGAAGACAGGAAUAAUAAUGGCGAGAAACAUGAAGAUGACGACGAUCACAGCGGCUAUUCUAGCCCUGUCCCUGUUUUCUUUCGCACAAACCAUAUCAUCCCAGCAAGUGCUCGUCGUCGGAGACAGAUUGGGGUGGACGAUUCCUCCGGCAGGCCCUGCACCCUACGACGCCUGGGCCGCCUCCCACAUCUUUGUCGCCGGAGACAUCCUCGUGUUCAACUUCAAGAACGGAGACCAAGACGUGGCGCGAGUGACGAGGGAGGAGUUCUUGACAUGCAACACGACGAACCCUAUGGAAGUGAAGAAGACGAACCCUGCGAAUUUCACGCUGAACAGUAAGGGAGACUGGUACUUCACGAGCACGUUAGAUAGGCACUGUGAGUUAGGUCAGAAGCUGGCAGUACACGUGUUAGCUUCUGGGCCAUCGCCCAGACCCCAACCCAAACCCAGAGGACCUCGGAACUUCACCGUCGGUGGUCCCUUGGGAUGGAUCGUCCCUCCAGCCGGUGAAAUCGUCUACAUUUCUUGGGCUCGCACCAAAACUUUCAGAGUCGGAGACGCCCUCGUGUUCUGGUUCAUAAAUGGAACACAGGAUGUUGCAGAGGUGAAGAAGGAAGAUUAUGAGAAAUGCGAGACGAACAAAAGCAUGGCAGUUUACUCAAGUAGUCCAGUGAGGAUCGUGUUGAACACGACUGGGGAGCAUUUCUACACGAGCACUUACCAUGAUCACUGUGCCUUGGGACAGAAGCUAGCCAUUAAUGUCACUUCUAAUACCUCUUCUUCUCCAUCUUCUUCUUCAUCUGAGUCUGCUUUCUCUCCUGAAGCUGCUAUGCCUCCGUCUACUCCUGGAAGCUCUGCCUCUAGGGUUCUAUCUGCAUAUAUGCCACCCUUCUUGGCCUUCAUUGCCAUGGCUUUCUUCUACUAUUGAUAUUGAUUUCGUGAUAUACAGGAUUACAGAUUAUUUGACACGUGCGGGUUUAUUUUGGCUUUUCUGUGUUUAUAUAUAUAUCGGAUGAGAUCACAUAUAUAUAUAUAUAUAUAUAUAUAUAGUUGUUGUAUACUUGUAGUGAGAUUGUAGGUAGAUCCAUCCAUUGGAUUCACCAUUUCAUAUAGAUCGAUAAAUUAUUAUCCAUGAUGUGGGUUUUGGAUUAUUUGAACAGGCCAGAUUGGCUUCUCCUUCGUUUUAUCUGCGUAUAGAUGUAAUAAAUCCUGUGAUUCUAUUAUACAGGGUACCUUUCUUUCUUUUC